GCUCGCUAUUUAUUGUAGCUAGAUCUUUGCAUUUUUCAUAAUUUUAACUCGUAAAUGGAAUAAGGCUCUUAUAUAGUACAUUAGUAUAUACUUGUCGACGAUAUAACAAUGGGGGUACGAGGACUAACCACGUAUAUAAAUUAUAAUCGAGACGCCAUACUGGAGCAGUUCUAUCUUCAUAAUACUCAGCUUGUCAUCGACGGCCACAGUCUAUGUGCACAGUUGUAUAGCUCCCUCAACUGUUUCUCUGCAUUUGGAGGCGAUUAUGAUAAAUACGCUAUGCAUGUGAAGAAUUUCUUCAAAAACCUGCGUAAGUGCAAUGUCUUGCCAUACGUUCUUUUCGAUGGUAGUUACGAAACAAGAAAACUUCGUACUGCCUAUAGUAGACUCAGCUCAAAGAUAUAUGGCGCGUCCAGACUUGAUCCUGUUACACAAGGUAGCUUGCAGAUAUUUCCUUUGCUUCUUAGAGACGUUUUUAUUGAAGUUUUGGCAGAAAUUGAUGUUCCGUACACAGUAUGUGAAUUCGAGGCCGACGAUGAAAUUGCUGCAUUGGCGCGACACCUUAAUUGCCCAGUACUAAGCUAUGAUUCCGACUUUUUCAUUUACAAUGUUCUGUACAUACCAUUUAAUACUCUAGAAGCCAAACCGCAAACUUUGGUAGAAAAUGAUAACAAAGUAUAUGCUUUAGAAUGCAAAAUCUUUAAAAUCGAAAAUUUAACAGAUCAUUUUGGUGGUUUAAACAAGGAAAUGAUGCCACUGUUAGCAACUUUGCUUGGUAAUGAUUUUGUUGAGAAGCGCGUUUUCAACAAGUUCUUUUCACAACUUAAAUUGCCUAAGAGUAAAAAAAAUCAAAAUGAGCAACAAAGAUGCAUUCACGGUUUAUUAAAAUGGUUGCAAACAGAAACUUUAGACUCGGCAAUUGCUAAAAUAUUGGGGAGGUUGAAGAAAAAUAAGAAACACAAGGUAUUUGCCAUUAUAAAAAAAAGUGUGGCUGCGUACAAUACUACCGAGUGUGAAUCAUUAAAAUAUUUUGAUGUUAAGAUUGAGGAAAGAGUAAACCAACCAGAGUUAGAAAUACUUGAGGCUUUUGAUGGAGAAGAGUCUAGUUCAGAUAGUUCAAAUAAAGAAGAUAAUGUGUCUGAAGAUAAUAGUGAUGUUGAAGCAGAAGAUAAUGAACGUCUUGGAAUGCCAAAUUGGUUUGCCGAUUAUAUAAGACAAAAACGUAUACCACAAUGUUACAUAAAUUUAUAUACUCAUCAUCUAUACUUCUGUUCUCCGCAAGCUGAAGAUUACUCAGAUGAUGAUGCUUGUCUAUGUGCACUUCCAUUGGUAAGAUUUGCAUUUGACAUACUCACAGACUUUGCUCAUGAGAGUUUUACAAUUGUUUGCAGGCAAAAAAAUUCUAAUGAUAAGAAUUAUACAAGGUUACAGGUAGGAACUGAAUAUUCCAUACCAAGGCCUUUAGAAAAAUCUUUUACCGAAUUAUGCUAUGAUGAAUUGUUCUUAUAUUUCAAUGAAUUUGUAAAACUCAAGAUGCAGUCUUUGGAUUUCUCAGAAAUUGAAUUGUUACCACCAAAUUUCAAAAUUUUUAUGAUUUCUUUACUUUGGUGGGUAAAAAAUUGCAGUGUACCACUAAAUCAUAUACACAGUCUGUUUAUUUGCUACAUUAUGCUUGAAGUUAUUGAUGAAAAGACUGGCACAUUCCGUGGUCAUUAUAAUUUUAAUAAUAAAUACAGCAAGAAACUUGAGGAAUUAAGAAAAAGACCUAACACAAAGUUAGACAACAAAGAAAUGGAACUUUCUUUGAACAAAAAUAAAGUACAGUAUGAAGACUGUUUAGUUGCUGCCAGUGUACUUUUAAAGCAUUUUGAAAUUGAUGAUAGUAUCCGGAAAAAGCCAAAAACUUAUGAUGUAAAAAGGAUGCAUUCCUUUGCACAAUUCCAAUAUUGUUUAAUGCAUUUCAAUAGCUUAAACAAAUUGUGCGCUGAACCAUUUACAUGUACUAGAUAUUCAAAAUCUUAUAAUGGGACAUUUGUUUACAAUAUAGCUUUGAAAUUGGAAAACCAAUCAGACCCUGAAAAUUUUGUACAUCAGUACUUAAAUGGUGCCAACACUGUUCUAAUGUUUUAUAGAAGUUUAUGUUUUAUUUACAACAGAUGUGCUCAAAAAAUGGACUUGAUAACAACAAAAACAAUUGGGAAAAAACAUAAAAGAAGGAAACAAAAUGUUAAGAAUGAAAUAAAUUUUAUUGUAAGGGGAUUUGAGUCUGAAGUAGUAAUUUGAUCAUGGUGCAUUCAAAAUGUAACCCUUUGAUAAUAUAAUUAUCUCUACAAUAUCUAGGUGUAAUAAAUUUCGUCAAAUUAAUUAACGAAUUUCGUAUUAAUAGUGUCCAACAUAAAUGUCAGAAUAGAA